UAGGGUUCAAGACCUUUAUUUUGUAGCUUGUUUACUUGUGUAAAGCGGACAUGACGUCAGCUGUUCCUUCUACACCAGCUGAUCGCAGCGCAAAAUCAGAUCCGUCAUUACUGUUAUCCUCUAAUGUGGAAUUCGGGAGCACUGCAGCUGUCCACGUUUCACGCGCUUCUGACGAUCAGCGGGAACCUGCGGCGCGUGCCGGAGACGCUCGAGCGUGACGUAGCCCGUUUGUUUUGGUUAAUAGAGGGGCCUUCCUGCAAUGCUAAGCUAGGGAGCUAGCUGUCACCGUUUGAAGGGUUCAUGAAUGUAAACUGGUGACGAAAGUUAACGGUCAGUGAAUACCCGAACAAACGAAGCAUGUCGGAGAAUUAUGUUUCAUAGGUAACGUUAGCUAAUAACGUUAUCGUCGUCAAAAGGUAUCGGUAACGCUGGACGGGGAUUGGAGGCCGUGUGACGUUAGUCUGUCGGGUUUUCACACACGCACUUAAACGCACACAUACACAUGACAGACACGUCACUGUGUGGCAGCAGCGCUCUCGUCCAGUUUUAAGAUGUGGCUGAAGCUGUUCUUCUUGCUCCUGUACUUCAUAGUAUUGUUUAUGCUAGCGAGGAUUUUUGAGGCGGUAGUUUGGUAUGAGACCGGUAUGUUCGCCACUCAGCUGGUGGAUCCAGUGACUCUGAGUUAUAAGAAGCUGAAGACCAUCCUGGAGGGUCGGGGCCUGGGAUACUCCGGACUGGCUGAGAAGAAGGAUGUCAGCGAGCUGGUUGAGAAAUCAGGAGAGUUGACACAGGGCGAGCUGUACUCGGCCAUCAAGAAAGAGACAGAGCAGACGGAGGCAGGAGAUGCCAGCACGACGUACUUCAGUGGAGAAAUGCACUUCUAUGAAUUAGUCGAGGACACUAAAGAUGGGAUAUGGCUCGUUCAGGUCAUCGCCCAGGACCGGGAAGCUCUGCUAAGUCGAGCCAACUGGGGGAAGAUGGUGCAGAAAGUGUCUCAGUUUGGGAUCAGAACUGGAACCUUCAACUGCUCUAAUGACUACAGGUCGUGCAUCAAGCGUGGCUGGCAGCGCUCCACUCUCAUCAUGUCUGUUCCUCAGACUUCAGCAUCAAAGGGUAAAGUCAUGUUAAAAGAAUACAACGGCCGGCGCAUCGAAACCGAGCACAUCUUCCGCUGGAUGACCUCACACGUGGCUCAUCGAAUCAAAACCCUGCGUCAGGCUGAGCAGCUGGCGGAGGAAUGGCGCUCUGACCCGGCCCACCCGGUGAAGAUGUUUCUGUUUGCACGUCUAUCCCAGCCCCCCGCCUUCUUCUCCGCGCUGUCCGUCAAGUUCACCGGCAGGAUUGAUUUCAUCUUUGUGGAUGUACGUUGCUGGGACAACCGCAGUAUCCUAUCAGAGAUUGAUGUGACACAGAACACCGCCUAUAUUCUCAAAAUGCCGGAGGGCAUCUAUCGCUAUGGCAACAGUACCGGGGAGUUCUUGUCCCUGGCUGCCAUGGAUACUUUUCUGCGUUCCAUCCAGCCGGAAGUCAAUGAUCUGUUUGUCCUCAGUCUGGUCCUGAUCAACUUGCUUGCCUGGAUGGACCUCUUCAUAACACAGGGAGCAACCGUGAAACGAUUUGUGGUAUUGAUCCGAACUCUUGGAACCUACAACUCCAUACUGCUGGUGUCCUGGCUUCCGGUUUUGGCUCUGCUUCAGCUGCCCUAUCUGGAAACUCUGUAUGGUUACAGCCUGAAGAUGCUUCGCUAUGCUGACACCACCACGGUGGCCAGCCUGGUGAGAGCUGACUGGACCUUCUACUCAUCCCACCCAGCCCUCUUUCUGUCCACCUACCUGGCCCACGGCCUGCUGGUCGACUACUUUGAGAAGAAACGCCGCUGUCGCAUGAGGAGCCAAGAGGACAGCACCACCAACCUGGAGUGGCUUGCCAGUCUGUGGGACUGGUACACUUCCUAUCUGCUCCACCCAAUCGCAUCGUUGCACCAUGUCCCGUCCGACCACUCUGACUGGGAGGAUGACCCCAACUUCCUAUUAGAGCGUUUGGCUUUCCCUAAUUUCUGGCUUCGUCCCUUAAUAGACAUGGACUAUAUUGAAGCACUGCCAACCUGGAACUUCAGGGUUGUUGGUCAGGAAACGGGAGAGGGAGCUGGUGGGGGACUGGAUGAAGAGACGGAAAGUUCACAUUCAGACACGGAAAGCAGGGAGCAGAUGGAUGGAAACAGAGGCUCAUCAUCCCAUGACAGGGCCCUGAAGGAUGGCUGCCUAUGUGAUUGGUUGGUGUGGCCCUGUGGCAUGCUGCAGUGCUCAGAGUGUGUUGUGUGUCUGGAGAACUUUGUGAGUGAUGAGCUGCUGCUGGGUCUGCCCUGUGGCCACGCCUUCCACCAGCACUGCAUCGUGGUGUGGCUGGCAGCAGGCAGACACUGCUGCCCGGUUUGCCGCUGGCCCAGCUACAAGAAGAAGCUGCAGAGAGGCGCACAGAGCCCUGCUGGAAGCCCACUGCAGGACUGAAGGUCAAUCCCUGUCCUGUUCAUCGCAGUUUGAGUGGAGCUGGUACUGGGGGGGAGAAGGAGAAGGAGAAGGAGAAGACGACGACGACGACCGUAGCUUGUAUGUGUAAUCAGGACAGCUGUUGCCAUCAAUCAGCUUGCUUCCAUCACUGCCAAAAGUAGUAUGCUGGCCACCAUGGCAGAAGAAUGAAACUGCUUUCUGUAAACGGAGGAUGUGGAUUCUCUCAAUAACCAUUUGAGGAGUUGCAGUCUGCUUUGUAGUGCAAUAAAAACCUCUUUCUGGUUUUGCCAUCUUUCACUUAGAAACCACUAGGGAAAUUUCUUCCUCAUGAUGUGAUUUCAGGACGGACAAAAAGCGUAUUUGAUCUAAUACUUACCAACUGUACCCAUAAACUGCUCUUCCUGUAUGAUGCAAGCACCGUGCUGUAUGUUUUUCUGUUGUAUUUAGAGCUGUCAUACAUUGGAGGAAACUGGAUAUUCUUGUCCUAUGAAUGCUCCCAUUGGUUAACACAAGAAAGAAGUACAACAAACCGUUCAAUGAAUGGAUGUACCCGUGUGUAAUGUCACACAGACGGUGGUCAUAUGGCCCUACCUGCAGCUAAAAGAGUACUGGGGUUGUAAUGUGUUAUUUACGACCCAAACACAUGCAGUUGUUUUUCGGGGGAGAUACAGAGAGCUUGGUGAUUAAUGGGAUGGAGAACCAAACCUUUUGAGUACCUCAAAAGAGCAGGAGCCACAGGCCGCACAGCAUCAGGUUAGCUCCAUUACUAAACCAACCCAGUUAAAGCUGCACUACCAGAUGUUUAGACCUCUUUAGAUAAAGAGGUCAAUGACUGGAAUGAAAAAGUUGCCAGGGUAGUGACAAACACAGAGAGAAUUACAACUAUAAUCCUUCAGCCGCUGGUAGCUUCUCUCUUUAAUUGAAACUUGAAAAUCCAUUCGGUCUUUUCUAAGCCGUGUGUUAGCUACCCAUCACCUCACAGCAGAAACAUACAGCUAGAGACCAACAGGGCAACAAUGUUGAGCAUUUCGCAGCUAAAGAAAUGGCGCUAAAAGGAGAUCCAGCUCAAUGGGUUGCUCCCAAUGCUCUGGGUCAUAAUAUCUACUUUAUCGGAUGGUGAAUUGUCAAUGUUGUGUUAAUAAAUUAAUGCACUUUUAACAACACCGUGGUAUUAUUUAAUGAUGUUUAGCUUACCUUAAAGAUUCCUACAGGUCUUGUUCAGGCUAAAAUAUUCCAGUUUCCAACUGCACUACAAUGGUAUUGGGAGUGGAAGAAUGCACUCCACUGUUAGAAAUGCAUGCUUUUAUUUUUUGAAGCGACCCCCUGGAGCUGAGCUGCAGUCGGGAUUCAGCUGAUGCCUUGCUCAUGGGCGGCUCGAUGUGCAGUAAUCAAAGGGCCUCAGUUGGUUGUCAUCAUGUUUGCUGAUCAGCAGUUUCCUUUUUUUUACUCCAUUAUGGUUUGAUUCCUAAUCUGAUAAAGAUACAAAGCUUUUAACUGUUACAUUGAAACUAUUUUGUCUCAAUUUAUCAAUGAUAAAAAGCCGAUAUUGUAGAUUUUGGUAAAAAAGUAUGAGCUGAAAUGUAUGAAAGACAUGCUGAUGUUAGAAUAGGACUGCCAGCACCCUAUAGCAAAUACACACAACAAGCUAUCACCUAAGAUCUCAUUCUUUCUAAUAUUGCACCUGUCCUUGUCAGUGUGUGCUGGGAAGGAGAGAGCUUUGUGUUGGCAGGUGGUUCUCUCAUCAUUCUGGGUAGUAAGUGUAUAGAGGAGCAGGGCUGUAGCUCCAAUCAGUCACAAUGUCAUUUCAUCUGACACACUGGAGAGGACAACAGUCAGUCAACGCAGACUACAGGCCAAACAUGUAUGGGAUCCAGAGUGUUACCCAAUAGAUAAAAUAAGUGAAGCAUGUGAAGCUGGGGAAACAUGUCUCAGCCUCUCGGACCAUCUGACCACCUGGUGACGUGGUGCAGCCAGAACCACCUGGAGUUCAACGCCCUGAAGACAGUGGAGAUGGUUGUGGUCUUCAGGAAGUACGCAGCCCCACCUUCCCCCCUCACCCUGUGUGACUGACCCUAUCACCACUGUGGAUUCCUUCUGUUUCCUGGGCUCCAUCAUCACCCAGGACCUCAAGUGGGAGCUGAACAUCAGCUCCAUCACCAAAAACGCUUCAGAAAUUCAACCUGCCAAAGACGAUGAUGGUGCACUUCUACACGGCCAUCAUCGAGUCCAUCCUCUGCUCCUCUAUCACCGUGUGGUACGAUGCGGCCACAGCCAAGGACAAGGGCAGGUCCACAGAGAGGGUGAUUGGCUGCAAUCUGGCGUCUCUCCAGGACUUGUUCGCUAUCAGGACCUUGAAGCGGGCCAGAAAUAUUGUAGCCGACCCCUCUCACCCCGGACAUGAACUUUUUGUGCCCCUUCCAUCCGGCAGGAGGCUGAGGUCCUUCAGGACUAAAACCUCCCGCCACACGAACAGUUUCUUCCCCUCGGCAGUCAGGCUCAUCAACAGAGGUCUCCCCACUGACUGUACAUGUACAUGUCACUUUCAGUUGUCACUUUCUGUUGGCUGGUGCACUUUAUUUUAAUUUCUGUUUUUAACUUAACUAACCCAUAGCUUUAGAUUACUAACCCAUAGCAUUAUAUUCUAUAAUUUUUUUAAAUCUUAUUCCUGCACUAUGUUGUCUGUUGUCCAUUGUCGUACUGUCUGUUUGUCACCAAGCGCCAAGUAAAAUUCCUUGUAUGUCUGACAUACUAU